CAGCUCCACCAACCACGAACUUCGCCUCUAUUUAAGCGAACGAAACACACGCAGAAACCUGCACUACCAUCUCACCACUGAUCAGUAGCUAGCUCGUGAAGAAGCCAUGGCGACGGUGGACGUGCUGACGUCGGAGGUGGUCGUCCCCGCCGGCGAGACGCCGGCGGGCGCCGUCUGGCUGUCCAACCUCGACCUCGCCGCGCGCCGCGGCUACACGCCGACGGUGUUCUUCUACCGCCACAACGGCGAGCCGGGGUUCUUCGCGGCCGACGCCAUGAGGGACAGCCUCGCCAGGGCGCUCGUGGCGUUCUACCCGGUCGCCGGCCGCCUCGGGCUCGACGGCGACGGCCGCGUCCAGGUCGACUGCACCGGCGAGGGCGUGGUGUUCGCCACGGCGAGGUCCGGGCACUACGCGCUCGACGACCUGAUGGGCGAGUUCGUGCCGUGCGACGAGAUGCGCGACCUGUUCGUGCCCGCGGCGCCGGCGGCGGCGAGCUGCUGCCCGCGCGGCGGCGCGCUGCUGCUGGUGCAGGUCACGUACCUGCGGUGCGGCGGCGUCGUGCUCGGCAUGGCGCUGCACCACUCCAUCGCCGACGGGCGGAGCGCGGCGCACUUCGUGGAGACGUGGGCGAGCAUCGCGCGCGGCGCGCCCGCCGCGGACGCGCCCGUGCCGCCAUGCUUCGACCACAGGCUGCUCGCCGCGCGGCCGGCGCGCGCGGUGCUGUACGACCACCCGGAGUACAAGCCCGAGCCGGCGCCGCCGGCGCGCGCCGCCACGGCGUCCACGUACGCGAGCGCCAUCAUCACGCUGACGAAGCAGCAGGUCGGCGCGCUGAGGGCGGCGUGCGCGGGGGCGUCGACGUUCCGCGCGGUGGUGGCGCUGGUGUGGCAGUGCGCGUGCCGCGCGCGGGCGCUGCCGCCGGAGGCGGAGACGAGGCUCCACUCCAUGAUCGACACGCGGCAGCGCCUGUCGCCGCCGCUGCCGCCGGGGUACUUCGGCAACGCGGUGAUCCGCACGUCGACGGCGGCGACGGCCGGGGAGGUGGUGUCGAGCCCCGUGGGGCACGCGGCGCGGCGGGCGCGCGCGGCGACGAGCCAGGGCGAGGACUACGCGCGGUCGGUGGUGGACUACCUGGAGGGCGUGGACGCCAUGAACCUGCCGAGGAGCGGCGUCUCGCGGGCGGACCUCCGCGCCAUCAGCUGGCUGGGCAUGUCGCUCGCCGACGCCGACUUCGGGUGGGGCUCGCCGGCGUUCAUGGGUCCGGCGAUCAUGUACUACAGCGGGUUCGUGUACGUGAUGAACGCGCCGGGGAAGGACGGCGCCGUCGCGCUGGCGCUGUCGCUGGAGCCGGAGAGCAUGCCGGAGUUCAGGAAGGUGUUCGCCGACGAGGUGGCGCGAUUGGCAUGACACGAGUACACGACGCUCCCUGCGGUUGCAUGCAUGGUGUCCACGUAAACGUUACGUACGUUGGCAUUUCGUAUACGUAUACGAUCGAGCUUGAUGUAAGUCUGUAAUGUGUAUGCAUGUACGUACUGUACGUAUAUAUGUACGUACAUGUAGAAUGUUACCGUGCGUAUACAUAUAAGAUAUACAUAAAUCUGGAGUUUCCGGAUUCACGUAUGAAAGUGAAGGGUGUAGUGUAUAUUCAAGCAGGCAUGGCAUAAUUAAUCACAAUAUUUGAAUUGAACUUGCUAA